AUGGAAAAAUCAAAAGAAGAAGCAGCAUUAAUUCAAAAAGCAAUUGAAAAAUGUUUUUCAUUAUAUUUAUCAAGAGCAGAGAUUAUGUUAAUGUUACAACAUCAAUUUAAUGUUAAUCCAGAAUUUUUAGAGAGUUUAUUAAAUAAUAUCGAACAAACUAAUCCCGAAUUCUUUAGAGUUUAUUAUCUAAGAUUAAGAAUAAAACAACAAAUACAGGAUUUUAAUCAACUAUCAAGUUUAAUUUUAAAAAAUAAAAAUAAUCAAAUUAAAAUUCAAAAUAAUAAUAGUAAUAAUACUCAAAGUAAUAAUAAUAAAAACAAUAAUAUGAAUAAUAAUAAUAAUAAUAAUAAUAAUUAUAUUAGUGAUUUUAAUAAUAGUAAUGAAAGAACUAAUAUGUUAUUAUCAAAUCUUCAAAUGCAAUUACAACAACAAUUACAACAGCAACAUAAUAAUAAUAAUAAUAAUAAUAAUAAUAAUAAUAAUAGUCAUCAUCAUCAUCAUAGUGAUAGUUCACCAAUUCAAACAUUUUCAUAUGACCAUAUAAAUGGUGGUCAAAAUCAAACACAUUCACCACCAAUGGCACCAUUACCAUUACCAAGUCAAGAUAAUAAUGGUUUAUUUGCAUCAGUUAGUGGUUUUCUACCUUUAUCCAAUAGUUUAUUAAGUGUUCAACUUCCAACUUCAACUUCUCCAAUAUUAACCUCAAAUAAUAAUAGUAAUAGUAAUAAUAAUAACAAUAAUAAAAAUAAUAAUAAUAAUAAUAGCAAUAACAAUAGCAAUAACAAUAGUAAUAAUAAUAAUAAUAAUAAUAAUAAUAAUAAUAAUAAUAAUAAUAAUAAUAAUAAUAAUAAUAAUAAUAAUAAUAAUAGUAAUAAUAAUAAUAGUAAUAGUAAUAAUAAUAACACAAAUAAUAGUAAUACUAGUAGUCAUUCAUUAUAUAAGUCAACCGAUUUCUUUAGUUUUUAUGAUCAUCAAAAUAAUGGGACUACUACACCUCCUAAUACGACUACAACACCACCGACAACUUCAACUACAACUCCAUCUACAAACUCACCUGUAAUUACAUCAUCUUCAUCCACAUCUUCCUCUUCCUCAACUAAUACUACUAAAAAUAGUAAUAGUAAUAAUAAUAACAAUACAAAUACUACAAAUACAACAACCAAUACUGAUUCUACAUCAACUGUAACAAAUACUAAUACAAAUUCGCCACCAAUUAAUUUAAAUUCUACAUUAUUAACACCCCAUUUUGCAAGUUUUAUUGAACAAAGUCAACAAAUUCCAAAUUUAAAUAAUAUUGAAUAUAAUUUUUCAUUUAAUCAAUCAUCAAAUAAAAUACCAAUAAAUGGUUUAAAUCAAAGUUGUGAUUUCGAAUCAUUUUUAAAUUUAAAAUAA